UAAACACUAAAAUUUUCUCACCAUAAUAUUAUAUAUACAAGUGAAACAAAUAUACUGGUGAGGAAUCAUGGGAUUAUUGUUAAGACGUCGAAACCAAAGCUCAAUCAUCCCAAUGGAAGCUGCCGCAUGAGCUAAGACCGAAAAAAGCACGUCAAGUUCGCUCGAAUGUGAAGGUUUUGCUCACAAUUUCCUUCGAUUGCAGAGCGUCUUGGAUCAUAAGUUCUUCCAAAGAGUCGUACGGUCAACAGAGAAUAUUAUCUGAUGCGCCGCAGCCACCGUAUUCCCCAGACUUGGCUUCCUAUUGACUUAUUUUUCUCAAAGUUAAAGAGGACGACGCUGCGCUACGAUUGAGGAGAUAAAAACUGCAUCGAAGAAGGAGCUGAACAAGAUCACAAAAAAUUACUUUUUUAAGUGCUUUGAGGGUUGGAAAAAAAGUCUCUUUACCGACACAUCUUGUCUGGUUUGUAGAAUUUGUCUCAUGAAUUCAGAGUUGAUAAAAAAUUCUUUAAAAUCUCCAUGCGUUGUUUCUUAAGAGCCUUCUGUUUCUGGAUACACUUUUAUCCACGGCGAUAUUGCAAAGAAAAGAACGUGUCAUUUGAGACAAAAGUUUACCUGGAAGUCACAACAACCUCAAAUUAUGCGUUGAAAAAAAUCGUCAAGAGGUUUAUAAAUUCAACUGACGGAAUAUCCAGAAGUUAUGUAGCUACUCUAAGGAGGUACUUUAUAGUUAUGUUAUGAGAGGUUAGGUUAAAGUUCUGCCGAUUCUGUUACAAUCGCCAACACGAAUCUCACUUGGACAGCCUGGAAUGCUGAUAUAUUUCUUAUAUAAUAAUCGCAAAGACCCUCAUAACCAACCAAACGCUUUGAGUCUCACGCACGCCUUCAUUUCCUGAUUCGACUUAUAUCAGUUUCGGCUAUCUCUGCUGGUUCGCAGAAAGUAUGACUGCGGAGAUUUAAACAAAACCUGAACAAUGAAGGAGUAAGUGUGUAAGUGUAAGCCUUACCGCAUGAAUGCCUAUUAGUCAAAGUCCAGUAAAAGCUCAUACAAAAUGAAAAACUGGAGGAUUAACUAAGUUUGUUCCAAAAAAUUAGUCCCGUUGUAUAAAAACAAUGACUACUCUUUCUUCAUGUUUCGCUUUUUGUGUCGAUUCUUAUAUAAUAACAGAGAUUAGAAUAAAAUAAAUACAAUUUUUUAUUGUAAUGGAUGCUGCGAGAGAUCGACCUUCUUCCACGUCGGAUCGAUUUUGGCUUAUUCUUCUUGAAAAGUACUAGCAAAAAUGAAAUCAUAAUUUGAUAUUAACUACCAUUUUGGGUAGAAAAAUCACUUCAAUUACUUGAAUAUUAGUAUUUAUCAUAGAACGAUGAAAAGAGAAUACCUCUCGAUAAACUUACUAUAUAUUAUAUAUUUAAGUGCUGUUUUCUCUAUAAGUUUUCUCAAUUUUUCUUUUCAUAUUUUUACGAUUUUGUAAUAGCAGUGUUAUAAUAUAUUGUAUAUGUUUCAAAGUGUUUCUUUUAUACUACAUUACAAUUCCUUAUCAAUUGAAUUCGUGAUUAUAUUUUUUAUUAUGCUAGUACAAGUAUGAGUAAUCAAAAUGAUGGCAACUUACCGUUUCUGUCAUAAUUGUCAUAACUGCCACAUAAACUCUACAUAACAAUCUUUAUCAAACAAUGCGUAAUUAAUCAAUUUCUAUGUAAAAACAAAUGAGAAAAAUAAAAAAAAAUGUCAAGUUAGUUGUGAAUUUUUUUAUUAUUGUAUGACAAUUAAAAUUUUUUGUGUUUAAAAAAUUAAUAAGAAAAUAAAAAUUAGUUGAAGUAUUCACCAAAAUAUUUAUAAGGAUUUGUGACGAGCAUCUCAAGGAUAUAUAGUACUAAGAUACAAAAGCCAAUCCGUCACAGAGAGAGAUAGGGGGAGAAGGAGAGAGAGUAAACUAAGUUCAACAUUUUCGGGAACAUUUCGCUAUGCCGCUGUUUUCAAAAAAGGGUCCAAAAUUCGGUAGAACAGAUUCCGAUCCAUCUACAAAUGCCGCUUCUACUGCCACCGGAGGCAACACAUACAACGACAACAAUAACACAACGGCCAAUGGUAAAGCCACCACCAUGAAUGGUAGCAGCAAUGCGAAUAACCGCAACGACCCAUACAUUCCCAAACCACAACUAAUAUUCCACUGUCAACUGGCGCAUGGCAGUCCAACUGGUUUGAUAACCGGCUUCGCAAGUGUACGAGAGCUCUAUAAAAAGAUCGCCGAGUGCUACGACAUACCUGUCGAGGAGAUACUUUUCUGCACUUUGAAUUCACACAAAGUAGACAUGACAAAACUGCUGGGCGGUCAAAUCGGACUGGAUGAUUUUAUAUUCGCGCAUCGAAAGGGGCGACCGAAAGAGAUUGAGAUCGUAAAAUCGGAGGAUGCGCUCGGCUUAACCAUAACAGAUAAUGGAGCGGGUUAUGCAUUCAUUAAGCGCAUUAAAGAGGGUUCGGUCAUCGAUCGCAUUGAACACAUUAGCGUCGGUGAUCAUAUUGAAAAGUUGAAUGAUAUCACUAUGGUGGGUAAGCGACAUUACGAAGUCGCACGUCUGCUAAAGGAUAUACCUACCGGCACCACAUUCACGUUACGAUUGGUGGAACCGAUGAAGAGCGGUUUCCAGGGAAUCGGUCCGCGUACACAAUCGAGAGCGCCCUCGGGACGUGGCUAUGGCAGUGGCAAGGAGACAUUACGAUUUAAGGCGAACGGUAAUGUAGAGAUCGAGGACAAAUUCGACGAGUCAACGCAAUCGGGCAUUGAAGCGAUCAAUAAUUUGUUAGAAUCGUUUAUGGGCAUAAAUGACACCGAAUUGGCGACACAAAUUUGGGAUUUGGGUGCGAACAAAUCGAAUUCCAUGGACUUUGCGGAGGCUAUCGACAAUUCCGAUUUGGAGUCGUUUGGCUUUACCGAUGACUUCAUUAUCGAACUAUGGGGUGCUGUAACGGAUGCCAGACGCCGGAAAACGGCGAAGAACUAAAAGUGUGCCUACAAUUUUGAAAUAAUUAUAUACUAGAGGCCUCUCAGUAGACGAAUUAAGUUAGUGACCUUGAAGAGAGUAGACAGGAAAGAGCGAGAGAGUAAUGUUAAAAGAAUAUGCAAAUUUAAAGAGUAUAGUUUAAAAAAAAUUACGGUAUUUUUUACUAUUUUGAAAGUCGGGUGGCAUAUCAAUGUAUUUAUUUUAAAGUAUUUAUAAUAAAUGCGCAUUUUGUUUGUUAUACCAAUCCAUGCUAUUAUUGAUAUUUUCUUAAUAUUAAUGAUAAAUAAAAUAUGUAUUUGAAAGGAUAAUUGAAAAAAAAAAUAAAUUUGUACGUAAGCUGUUUUUGCCAAUUUAUAUAUAUUUACAUAUAUAUAUAUACAUAUGUACGUAUGUAAAUAUAUGUAUUUAUCAUAUUAUAUAUUCGUUUAAAUAUACCAGCUAAUUAAUAUAUUAUAUGUAUGUAGUUUAUAAAAGCGCAUAUUUCAAACAAGAAUUGUCGAAGCAAAAAAAAUCUGUUCAAGCGGAGUGUGUAAAAAUACAAAUAAAACAACAAAAGCAAUAUUUACAUAUAUUAA